GAUGAGAGCAACAACCUUAAGGACUCGGUUCACAAAACUUCUUAAACCCAAACCUAGCAGCAGUGGAGAGAAAGGUUUAACACAGAAACAGAGAUGGCUUUUAAGCAGCUUGGAGUUUCUUAAGAAACAUGUUGCCCAACGCCCCUCUGAGACCAGUCUUGAUCAAUCUGUGAAAGACUUACUGAGUGAAGGACAGGACAUUGAUGACACCACCAGUGAUGAAGACAUUGCAGAUACAUCUGAGGCACUAGGACCACAUACCUCUACCCAGCAAGAGGGUCAAGACCACACCUCCCUUUUUCCCACUCCCAGGCCUGCUUUAAAACGCCGAAAAGCUGACACAGACACUGUUGAGCAACGAAAACUGAAGCUGUUACAACAGAUGUCUGCUUCAGUUCUGGCCUCCCCAGAUGCCUGCAGCUCUUUUGGAAACCAGGUUGCCGUGGAGCUCAGGUUAAUAAAGAAUACAAGCCUACAGACCAGGGUAAAAAGAAAAAUAAUGAAUGCUUUGUUUGAGGCCCAGGAGGCUGACCAAUCUAGUUCCUCAUCAUCCUCACACAUGCCACCACCCAUAUAUUCCCCUCUCACACCUACACAAAUGUCCACAUCAACCGCUCUAUACACACAGACACCUCAACACUACCAUCAGCACAUGCCCCCUCAGGGCCCCGUUCAGCCUCAGAUGCUAGAAUUGGAAGAGUAGUUGCAUAUAAAAAUGCUGUACGUUAUACA